CUGAACCUCCUGAAUUUAAAUAGAGUAAGGUCUACAUACACAUUGCCAUAUUACUAGCAAAAAAGCAUUAUAUGUUUUAGUUUUUUCUUUUUAUUAAGCAUUCCAAGCAUCUCUCUGUCUCUCUUACAAGCUCUAUACGCUUAGUGUUUCACCAAUACUUCGUACUCUCUCAUACAGACAAUUACAAGUUCCAAGAAACACAAGACCAAGUAGACAUGGUCAGAGAGAAUAGGUACAAGUACAACACAUCAUCAAUUGGUGGUGGAAAUGGAGAAGCAGAAGCAGGUGGUGGUAGUGGUGGUGAUGGUGGCGGCGGUGGUGAUCAGUUGAUGAUGAGUAGUAAUACCAUUAAGCCUGCAUGGCUAGAAGGAUUAAUGGCGGAGACUUUCUUUGGUGGUUGUGGGGUCCAUGAGAAUCGUAGGAAGAAUGAGAAGAACAUCUUUUGCUUGCUUUGUUGCCUUAGUAUUUGUCCUCACUGCCUCUUUUCUCAUCGUUCUCAUCCUCUUCUUCAGGUGAGAAGAUAUGUUUAUCAUGAUGUUGUAAGACUGGGAGAUCUUGAGAAGCUUAUUGAUUGUUCUUAUAUUCAGCCCUACACUAUAAACAGUGCUAAAGUGAUAUUCUUGAAUCAGAGACCACAGUCAAGGUCUUGUAAGGGCUCUGCCAAUGUAUGCUUCAGUUGUGACAGGAUUCUCCAAGAGCCAUUCAACUUCUGUUCUCUCUCCUGCAAGGUUGAUCACUUGGUGGAACAAGAAGAGGACCUCUCUGCCAUUUUAUACAGAAUUGAUGAAUCGGAGUUUGAAUUUUCAGAACUAGAAGGACUGAGAAUGGACAGCUCUGAGACAAUUGAUGAAGAUAGUCACAUUGUAGAGGAGCAAGUGCAAUUCAGAGGCUCAUCAUGCUCCAAUGACAUCAUCACCAAUUCUGGAAUUUUGAAGGAAUCCGAGGUCCCACAAAGGAAGAAGAAAGGAGGAAGUGGUUUCCUUCCAGGUUUUGUGCUUUCAUUGAGCAGCAGAAGAAAGAGUGCUCCUCAUAGGGCUCCUCUCUCUUGAUUAACGUUCAGAAUAUUCACAUCAGAAACAAAAUCUGAUAUAUAAAUAUAUAUUAAAAGUUUAAUUUGUUUCUGUAUUAUGAUCCUAAUUUUCAUUUCCAUUACUGAUCUUAGUGGUUGUUUAGAGAGACUUUCUUGAAAGAUAGGCUCUUGAGCCCACUAGUUUUGAAUGAUUGUAAUGGAAUUUGCACGUAUAUAUGUUAUUUGCAUAAUUAUUUUAUUCUAA